AAAGUUGAGUGAAAUGAGAGCAAUUGCCGCAGUCAUUCAUUUUUAUAUAUAUUCCGUGGGAUUUUAAUCGUGACGUGAGAUCGGAUCGCGAAUGGAAUCCAUGUCCGGGCAAUCAGCGACGCCCUUGCAGUGCCGCAGCUCAAGGAGUUCGUCUUUCUUUGUUGAGACAUGCGCUUGAGUAUCCGCCCUUCUAAGUUUCGUCCUCUUGUGUUUGGGUCCAAGCCUCAUCUUCUUCCACCAGACUUCGGAGCAAUGAAAGCAAGGAAACUUUGUGGAAUUUCUCUCUCCCUUCUAAUAAUCAACAUGGCCGCGAUAAUGGAGCGUGCUGAUGAGAAUCUCCUUCCAGCUGUAUACAAAGAAGUCAGUGAAGCAUUUACAGCAGGGCCGUCUGACUUAGGAUACCUCACAUUUGCGAGGAACUUUGUGCAGGGAAUCGCAUCACCUCUGGCAGGUAUACUGGUCAUAAACUAUGAUCGCCCAACUGUACUUGCAAUUGGUAUAGUGUGCUGGGCUCUGUCAACAGGGGCAGUGGGUGCAAGCCAGUAUUUUAUGCAGGUUGUGCUGUGGAGAGCAGUGAAUGGAUUUGGACUGGCAAUCGUAAUACCAGCACUUCAGUCCUUCAUAGCUGAUAGCUAUGUGGAUGAGGCAAGAGGGACUGGAUUUGGGGUUCUGAAUCUUAUUGGGAUAGUUGGCGGCAUAGGGGGUGGAUCUAUUGCUACAGUGAUGGCUGGUUACAACUUUUGGGGCCUUCAAGGAUGGCGGUGUGCGUUUAUCAUGAUGGCCACAUUGAGCUGCUUGAUAGGGUUUCUUGUCUUUACAUUUGUUGUUGACCCGAGAAAACUAGUUAGGAUUGACCAUGAUAGUACUAGAACUUCUGAAAGAGAUGAAUUAAUACAGAAGGGAAAUGCUAGUUCAAUGUCAAUUUGGGUGGAGUCUUGGACAGCCACAAAAGCAGUUAUGAAAGUGCCAACAUUUCAGUACAUCGUGCUACAGGGUCUGGUCGGCUCAAUUCCUUGGACUGCAAUUGUCUUCUUUACACUAUGGUUUGAAUUGAUUGGAUUUGAUCAUAACAGUGCAGCUACGCUCGUUGGGCUUUUUGCUGCUGGAUGUGCUUUAGGAUCCUUUCUUGGGGGAAUAAUAGCAGAUCGGGUAUCAAAGGCAUACCCUUAUUCGGGACGUAUCAUGUGUGCACAAUUCAGUGCUUCUAUGGGCAUCCCUUUCUCUUGGAUUCUUCUUCGAGUCAUUCCUCAAUCUGUAGCAAGCUACAAUACCUUUGCGGCAAUCUUAUUCCUAAUGGGGCUUACCAUAAGCUGGAAUGGCACUGCCACUAACGGUCCCAUGUUUGCCGAAGUUGUGCCUUCAAAACACCUCACCAUGAUUUAUGCUUUCGACCGUGCUUUUGAAAUAUCCUUCUCUUCUUUCGCUGCUCCCACCGUUGGUAUCCUUGCUGAGAAAAUUUAUGGGUAUGAUACCAAAUCCGUCGAUCCACUUUUAGGGUCUCCCCGAGAGGCCUAUGCACUUUCAAGAGGCCUGUUUGCAAUGAUGGCAGUGCCAUUUGGUUUGUGUUGCUUGUUCUACACGCCGUUGUAUUGGACUUUCAAACAAGAUCGUGAGAAUGCUAGAGUUGCCAGUACAAAAGAAACAGAGAUGUUAUGAUUUUCCAUACCAAGAAGCAUCAUUGCUUGUCAUUCAGACAUGGAACGUGAUGCCUCAGCCUGAGGCUCAGACACAAUGCUGGACGCCUGGACUCGGUCUGUAGUUAGAUAUAACCGUCCUAUAGUUCAACCUUUGUGGGCGAGUUUGAUUUUGUUCACCUUCCAUUUAGAGGGUGAACAUCACCCCCCAAUAUUUUAAUUAUUAAAAGUACACCCCACUAGUGGACUCCUGCUUAUCCUCUAGAAACCUCCGUAUUUUUAGUUUUAUAGUACUCAUUUAGAUUAGACAUGUGGGACCUUUUCCCUUUAUACAUGAAUAAAGUCAUUUGUUUAUUUUUAGAAUUUGUUGUUGUGUCCUAUUCCAUACGUCCGAAUGGUUAAAGUUUUUAAUGGAUAUAAAGUUUAACUGACUAAA